UCCGCUUUCUGCGUAGCGCGGUUUAUUUCCGCUUCGCUUAUUCCUUCGGAAAUGGCUGCCGCUGCUGCCGCCGCCGCUAAGCCUUGAGGGAUCAAGUCAGGAAGGAGGAGGAAGAGGCCGCUAUGGGUCGCGAGUCCAGAUCAACAAAGCAACAGGUGUCCAAACAAAAACAGCAUUAUCGGAAGCGCUCCGCAUCACGAGGGCGUUCUGGUAGCCGUUCUAAGAGUCGCUCUCCAUCUGACAAAAGAGCAAAACGUGGAGAUGAUAGACGUUCUAGAAGCAGGGACAGAGAACGUAGGCGUGAAAGAUCACGGAGCAGGGACAAGAGGAGAUCUCGGUCACGUGAUCGAAAGCGUGUGAGUAUUACCCAAAUCUGCUUGUGCGUAGGCGUUCACGAAGCAGAGAGCGGGAACGGAGCAGAGAAAGGAGACGAUCACGCAGUCGAGAAAGAAGAAGAUCCAGAAGCCGAAGUAGAGGGCGACGGUCCCGAUCUUCUAGCCCUGGCAAGAACAAAGAAAGUAGAAAACAG